AUGGAUCCUCUAUAGCUUUUAAAACUUUGUAAGUAAAAUUGUACCUAAAAAGAAUUACCUCUAUUUUAAGAUGAUUAUUCUAGCUACCAUGCUAAAACUAAAGGAAAUACUCCCUUGAAAUAAUUCUCUAGUCUUACUGAAAAUGAAUAAAACAACUUUUACAAAUUCGUCUUUUAUGAUAACAGAUUGAAUGAAAUAGCCAAUUAAGAACUGCAAUAUUUAUUGUUUUGCUAUUUAAUAGAAAGUGGAUCAAAUAAGACAAAAUCUUUAAUCCAAGAAGCAUUGGACAUGUAACCUUAACAAUAGCUAACUUGCAGAAACAUCCAAGCACUUUAGCAAGGUCAAAACGACAAAAACUUGAUAGAGAAAGUAAAAAAAAUGCCAAAACAAUUUAAAGCUUUUGCCAAAUCUCAAUUGUAAAAUUUAGAAGAUUCAUUUAGCUCUGAUACUACAUGUGAAGAUGAAGAAUGUCUAGCUAAAAGAUUAGAAUAUGAUGAAAAAGUUUUGAAAGUUUAGAAUUUACUCAAGAAGCAAGGGUAUAAUAUAGAAACAGAUGGUUUUUAUACAUCACAAACUGAAAAUGCAGUAAGAGAAUAUUAAAAAAAGAAUAAUCUAUUUGAAGAUGGAGUUAUAAGCUAAGAACUCAUUAACAAGAUUGAAGGAAAAGCUUAAAAGUAAUAAGGAGAAAAGUCAAACCAAGUUGGGGGUAUAGACUUGAAAACUAAGCUGAAUGAAGUUUGCAGCAUAAGAGGAAUCAAAUUUAACAACAAAAAUUAACUUAAGUUUUUAUUAGAUAAGAAAUAAAAAUUGGAAUUUAGUGGAACUGAACCAGAUGAUUUAGCUUUAUGUUUAAAGGUUUAUUGUGAUUAGUCUAUCAAGAAUAAAACAAUAAGUUUUUCUCUCGAUCCUUGGGAAGACAAAAAACCAGAUGGUGAGUUUUAAAGAAAAGUUCUUUAUCCAGAUAUUUUAGAAAAUAAAAAAAUACUAUCUGGAAGUAAAUUUAGUGAGUUGAUGUUUGAAUGUGAUUAUUUACUGAAGUAGAUGUCUUUGGGAUUACUUCCUGAUUGUAAAACACCUUUUCCCUAUCCUUAGGAGCUAGUAAAACUUGGACUAAAACCAUUGUCUAAAAUAAUUGAAGAAAAUAAUAUAAAUUAAGAUAAUUCUAAACAAAAUUGGAGCAGACUUUGGUUGGUUUGUAAGAAAGUAGAAGGCAUUGUAGAUAAAAAUAAUAAAGGAGUUUUUCUCUCUAAUGAUGUGAAAAUAGAGGUUGAUGCAAGAUAAAUGGAGUAAGAUUCUCAAGGCAGAUUAAUUGAUAAAGUUGUUUAAGAUAAAAAUGAUCCUUGUUAUAUGUUUGCUAAGAAAUUUUCUGAACUUUAUCCAGUAAUUUGCAAACAUUAUCCAUGCUUUGAAAGACUUAAAAAGCUAUAUAGAGCUUCAGCCUUAGCAAGAUGGAUAGUCACAAAUGGCAUACAGAUUGACAUGAAAAAAAUUAACCAGGUUAUAGAAAAAUAAUUCUCAAGUGUUAAAAUGUACACUGAUAAAGUUAAUUCUAUUAGGUAAUCUUAAGAAAUCUAAAUUGGGAUAGUAGAGAAAAAACUUCCAGUUGAUGUGAAGGUUGUUGCUGAAAGGAGUUUAAAACAAUCAGGCUAAGAAGUAAAUGAGAAAAACUUAAAGCUUGCUGUAGAAUAUUUGAUUAAGUAAAAUAAUGGAAGUAGUGAAUUUUUCGAUAUCUAAAAAGCUAAGAAAGUGCAAACGAAAUUCGUUUUAGGAGGUGUUGAUAUGAAUUGUUAAAUUUCUCCUAUUAAUUAAAAUUCACAAACACCUUAGUCAAACAAAUCUUCUUAAUCUGUCAAAGGAAGUAGCGACAUUACUUUUACUAAAAUUUAAAAUUAAUCAAAUACAAAACCAGGUACUUCAUAAAAAACUAAUGAGAUAAAAAGUUCUACUAAUUCAAAACCUAUCUAAUAAACUAUAAAAGAAAAGGUUAAAGCAGAAGAGAAAAAAGUUGAUGAUACCAAAAAUGAUGAUUAUGAAUCUGAUUUUUACAGCACAGCAUCUACUUCUGUAACUAGUUUAGAUGAUGAACUUAUUUAACAAUAAGUAAAAGAAGAAGACUUUUUCUUUUCACUUCAAGCAAACUGUUAAAAAUGCUAAAAAGUUUUAACAUAAAAAGAGUAAAUGUUUCCUGUUGAACAAAAAUACUAUUGCCAAGUGCAUCAUCCACACAGCUGCUUCUAUUGUGGAAAACUAAUUAAAGAAUAGGCAGCUACAGUAAAUGGAAGAGCUGAGCUCUAUGAUUCUGAUUCUUUUAAGAAUAAACAAGUAUACAUGCACUUAGAAUGUAACUUAAUCUUUUAAAACAAAUGUGUGGAUAGAUUGAACAUAGAUAAAUAAAAUGAAGAAAUAUAAAGAGUGAAUAAAAAUGUUUUAGAAUAAAUCUAAAAAAACUUACCAAAAAUUAAGAGUUUAAAUGAAGUUACUUUGAAAAAGGGAUCCAACUUUUCAUGUAUUAUGUGCAAAAAAAAUAAUAAUAACUCAACUUAAAUAAUUUGCAGUCUUUGUGGUUUAAUUAGCUAAGCCUAAGCGAAUAAUUAUUUAAAAGAAGCUUUCUAAACAAAAUGA